AUGGCGGCUCAUCACCGACAGAACACGGCGGGGCGGCGGAAAGUGCAGGUGAAGGGAGUGAAGCGGUGCCGGUUGGAGGGGGAGGCUUGGCCGAAGGGCGGAGGAGGAGAGCGCGGGGGCCCCGCGGCCUCGCUGGAGGGAGAAAGGCCGGGGGAAACGGCGCUAAAGGCGGGGGCCGGGAUGAGGAAGGGGACGGGUUGGAGGAAGCGCGGGAAGAAGCCGGGUGGGGGAGGGAUGAAGGGCGGAGCGGCCUCAGCUUGGGAAAGAUAUUCUGGGAGCUAGAGAAAUUGCCGCAAGACCCUGGCUUUCUCCUCCCCGUCCUCAGCUGCUGACGCUUUAACGGCGGGAGAGAUCGGAAGAAGCUGCUUUAGGGACCCCCUUUGCGAAGUGGUCAUCGUCUUGUCCCGCGCGUCGGAAGUAACGAGAUUGUGAUGCUUUGGCCUUUUCCGCUUCAGGGCUCUGCCUGUGGGUGUUAGUAUUUCAGCGCGCGGUUUCCGCCAGCUGCGCCCCCGGUGUUAAAAACACCAAAGCCCAAACACCUUCUCCACACACCGUAGCGAAUAGGUGGGUGUAGUAGCUAGUGCUGGGGCGAUCCAAGGUCAGAUCUUUACUUGGGCAUAGAACUCACUGGGUGGCUUUGGGUCAGUCACUGUGUCCUUGUCGAACCUGCCUCACAGGGUUGUUGUGACAUAAAGUGGGGGUGCGUAGGACCAUGUACAUGUCCCAGGGCUCCUUGGAGUAGAGGUGAAAGUUAAAUGUUAAUUAAACAUUACAUGAAGGUAGUGCUUUAAUUGUGAGAGCAUUGAAAAAGUGAUCUUUACUGCUGACAGUUUGAGGCUACAGUUUGGAACUCUACCACUAAUGUCUGCUAUCUCCUUUUGAGUAGUGUUUAUGUGUGUGUCUGUUCUCACUGUACUUUUUGGCCAAGAUUGGUUCCUCAGAGAUGACUUACAAUUAAAAUCUGCGCAGAGGGGAAAUGUAGCUUCAGUUGUAGCUUGGGGAAAAGACUGUCACUCAGUAGUGGUAGAGCAUCUGGUGUUCAUGCAAAAGAUUCUGUGUUCAGUUCUCACCAUCUCCAGGUGGGACUGGGGAAGACUCCUGUCUGAAAUCCAGUCAGUUUGGACAAUACCAAGUUAAAUGGAGAAAUAAUGUGAUUAUUACUAGGCAGCUUCCUAAGUAUAUGUGUUGGGCAUAAUAGUCUAGGUUCCAGACACCUCUGUAGCUGAUGGAAACAGACUGGCUAAUGUAGGCUGUGGGCCUUGUUGAUCCACUCUGGCUAGACUUGUCAUGUAAGGGGAACUCUGCUUGUUGAAUUCUGAAUGUUCUUCACAAAGAGGCUCAAGAACGUGGUUAUGUACAUAAAAAUUGCUGGCAAUGAUCAGUUUCCAUGGUUUAUCUUUCCACUCUUCUGAGUUGCUUUUUAUUCUAGGAGUUUGGAAUAGAGGAAAAAUAAAAUUUUAGUGUGAAUAGAUUUUUAAGCCCCACAAGGGGGUUAAAUGUUUCUGUGACGAUAAUGUAUCCCAUAGCUAAACUAACAAUUUGAGGGGUUUUUUUUGGGGGGGGGGUUCUCCACAGACACCCUCAACUUAUCUCUUUUCAUAUCUGUCAAUUAUUUCCUCAUUAUGGCUCAGUUUAUUGAAAAGUUUAUGUAGCAGACCCGUGUGGUGCAAUGGUAAUGGGCUAGGCUAGGAUCAGGUGUUCUCGAAGACGUUGUUCUCGAAGCUACAAACAUGAGUCUGACCAAACUGCGGGAGGCAGUGGAAGACAGGAGUGCCUGGCGUGCUCUGGUUCAUGGGGUCACGAAGAGUCGGACACGACUAAACGACUAAACAACAAGGAUCAGGGAGAACUGGGUUCAAAUCCUUAUUGCCAUGCAGCACAAUAGCUGAUAACAAUUGGCCAUGACUGGCUCAGUUAUCUCAUCAUCCUUCCAACAACACAGUGACAUCACAAUAUGGAAUCCAGUUGCCUAUGAGUUUUUAGAAACUGAAAUGCCUUGAUAUAGAAGGAUGUGUUCCUUUGCCUCUUGCCUUUUAAAGCUGUCCAAGUUAAUUUCUAUCACCACAUAUUGUAGGAGCAAAUUUCAUAGUAUGACAAUGUGUUGUAUCAAGAAUUACUUCCCUUUGCCCAUCCUUAAUCUCUCACCAUUCAGCUUUAUUGGAUGACCUCUGCUUCUAUUAUUAUUAUUAUUAUUAUUAUUAUUAUUAUUAUUAUUAAUUCACUUAUACACCGCCUUAUACCUGGAUCUCUCAAGGCGGUUCACAAGACUGCAACAUAUAAAAUGUAACCAAAAGCAAUAACCCCCCCCCCCCAAAAACCCACACACAAUUAAAAUGGGCAUAGGAUGUAAAUCAGAUCAACUAAAGGCCUGGUUAAAAAGGAACAUUUUUGCCUGGCGCCUAAAGGUAUAUAAUGAAGGUGCCAGGCGAACUUCCCUGGGGAGAGCAUUCCAUAGACAGGGAGCCACUGCAGAGAAGGCCCGUUUUUGUGUUGCUACCCUCCGGACCUCUUAAGGAGGAGGCACAUGAAGGAGGGCCUCAGAAGAUAAUCUCAGGGACUGGGUAGGUUCAUAUGAGAAGAGGCGAUCCUUGAGGUAUUGCGGUCCUGAGCCAUCCUGGUUCUAGUGUUAUGACAGGAAGGGAAGAGUGAAUUAUUUAUAAACCUCUAUCUUUUUUUCUAAAUCCAAAACUCGCCCCAGCAUUGUAACCUCUUCUCCCAAAGCUUUUUAACAUCCCUAUGAAGCCAUUGGGAGCAGUCAUCAGGAGGUUUGGGUCACAGUGUCACCAGUAUACUGAUGUCAGCUCUGUUUUUCCAUUAAACCUGAGUCAUGAGAGGUUGCACAUAAGGAGAUCAGCUAAUGGAGCCCAGUUAGUUUUGCCAUGACCUGAUUAUCAUUGGCUAGUGGUAACAUAAAGAUGGGCUUUUCCACUGGUAGCAACUGUGUUUGUGGGAUGCCCACGCUGCUGAAAUACAGGAGGCACCAUAAGUGUUGACAUUCCACCAGCUCCUGAAAACGCACCUGUUUAGCCAAGCAUUUCCCUGAAUUUAAUUGUGAAUUUAUUGUUUUAACUGUUUUUAAAAUGUUUUAAUUAUGUUUCUAAACUGUUUUAUUAUUUAUUUUAAUUAAGGGUGUUUUAAUAGCACUGUAUAUUUUAAUAAUUCAUUGAUUUGAUGGUUGUAAACCACUUCAAAGCCAUUUUGGCAUAUAAGUAGUACAUUAAUUAAUUAUAAUGGAGUUGCUGCAGCAUUUCGGUUGUCCUUUUCUGCAUUGUUUCUACCUCUAUAAGUUCACCUCCUGAAUUGUACAUGCCAUGCUAAGUAUGGUUAAUAAUAAUAAUAAAUAUUACUACUCCGCCCAUCUGGCUGGGUUGCCCCAGCCACUCUGGGUGGCUUACAGCAUAUAUAAAAACAGCUUUAGAAAGUAGUUAUGUUAGCCGUUUUCCAGUGAUCAGGCACUGAAGCCAUCUUAGGGACAGGUUGCAUAUUUUUGUUAAAAGAUCAGCAGUUUUACAUUUCAGCUCUUUAAGAACUCUCAGAUGAACUCAAUGAUAUCUUACUUUUUUAUAUGUUGAUAAAGCCUAGAGUUUAAUAAUUGUCACUUCAAUUCAUUCCAGUUCUUUAAACUCUCUAAGAACGUCAAAUCAGGCAUAGGUAUCUGCCCUAUACGUUCAGCUGUGAAGACAGAUGCAAAUCAUUUGGCUUCUCUGCAAUCUCCUCCUUCUACUUCAGCAGAUCUUUAACUCCUUUGUUGUCUUUAACCAGCUAUGGACACACUUUGGACUGUAUUCUGCUUUUGAAGUACUUAACAUAUUUUUUAUUAAUAUUUUUAAAUAACAUAGUGAAAUUCUUUAAAAUUUCUUUUCUUCUUGCAUUUUGUUGUCAAAGUUUGCAUUCCUAUGAGAAAUUGCAGGAGAUAUUCCUACUGUUUCCUUCCUUGUCUAUACCACAGCACAAAUGAGAUAAAUUCUUGCCUCUCUCCAGAACCAUCUACACAUGCUAGAGGAAUUGAAGUAGUAGUGUGGCAUUUGGAGUCUUUGGUCUUACUGUAGCCGUUUUUUGUAGCACUCUGGCAGACCUGAUUACUAACCAAAGCUUUAGAUAAUACAGGAAUGUAUUUAAAAUAUCUUUCUCAUAAUCCUUAAAUGAGCAGGUGACGUAAGGUCUCAAUAAUAAGAAAAUUGCACAUUACUGAUGCAUAUUCUCAGCAGCAGCAAUUUGCUACAAUUCUCAGACACUUACGCUAAAGUAAAUGGGGCUUAAUGGCUUCUUUCCCUAUUAUGGAAUACACCAUUAUAGUAGUAAUUGUAACCAUAAAACAUAAUUGCUGAAUCCAUCAGCAAAUUUUAGAUUUUGGAAAUUGCCUGAAAUGGUUAAGAUUUAGAUCAUUUGCAUUUCCUUCAAUAAGAGCCCAUAUGGUGUAGUGGUUAGAGUGUUGGACUAGGACCUGGAAGAUAAGGUUCAAAUCCCUGCUUGGCCAUAAGGCUGCCCAGGUCACCCUCUCUCAGCCUAACCUAUGUCACAAGGGUAUUGUGAGAAUAGAAUAAGGAGGGGGGGAAGCAUCUACAUCACCUUGAGCUCCUUGGAGGAAAGGUGGAAAAUAAAUGUUGUAAUAAAUAAAAUAGGAAUUAAAUAAUGGUAGCAUACAGACCAAAAGGGCACAUAUCUUCAACUACUCCAAAUGUUGUGAUCAAAGCAAACCGAUGUUUGUGAGGACCUGCCUAAUGCCCCAUGAUCCUUUUUGUUUGGAAGUUUCUCAGCUUUGAGACAGGUAAACCUAGAGAGCAGGGGUGAGGAACCUUUCAUGUACCAUACCAUAUUGCUUCAAAAGUAACUAAUCUGUCAAAGGCUGUAUGCUGGUCAGGGUUGAGCUCAUAGAGGUUGUGGCAUUCAUUUUUUUCCCUCUUUCUGCCACCCCCUUUCUCCCAUAUUUUUGGGUGGCAAGGAGAGAAAAUUAAACAGUCUGUAUCAUUAUAAGUUAUAUCAGAGUGGAUAACAACAAUUUAAAAUACAAAUAGAAGCCAACAAAGUGCAGUAGAAAAUAGGCUGAUGGGAGCAGGUUUCCCUUCCCUGCUGCAGUACACAUGACCUUCCAUGAAGAAGGCAUCUCCCAGUCAUUCAAGGGGGAAUUGGCAAUUGAGUUGAGACUUCAACCGCUUUCAAAUUGCAUUGCACCCACAUGGUGGAACCUGUGUUGUAGUUGCAGUUGCAUAGCAUGGUCAUUCUUGCUGCUACUUAUAUUCCCAAACUGUUUCCUUUCAGAAUUAGCAGUACUUGUGGGUGGUGAAGUGCCCUUUAUAAUAUUGGUAUUCUCUGUGUGGCUCCUUAACAACAAUGGUUAACUGCAAAUGGUGGACUAGGAUUAAUAUCAUUUAUUGAAUUAAAUUGCCUACUGGAUAACUGAAAAGGCUUUAGUGAACUGGCCCCAAUGUAUAGCCCACCUUUCUUCAGUCAUGGAACUCAAAGUAGCAUUCAUGGGAUUCCUACAUGGUCUUCCAUCCAGGUGUCAAUCAGACCCACCCUAUCUUUGCUUGGGCAAGGUAGCUUCCUUGUGUGCCUCCAGACCAUGCUGUAGGAGGCCUUAGCUAACAAUUGGUUGUUUAAACCCAGCCAAAUGUCUGUCUUUCUGUGGCUAGACAUUUCAGUUAACACAAUCUUGAUGAAUGUGCAGAAAUGUCUGUUCUUCUUGAUCCUUGCAUACAGCUCUGGGCAACAUUUGAGUAGAUAGAUUCUAGUAACAGAUAAUAUUCUCAUUGGGGAUUGUUCACUUACCUGUCUGAGCCCCAAGCAAAAAACGCUCAUGAGUCAUACUUCUUGUUGACCUAUGCAACAUAGAACCUAGAUGCAGUUUUCUAUUUGAGAAUAUCACUGGGCUAGUGAGCCCUUCUGUCCCCUGGUUCUCAUCCUCCUGUGUGGCUUUGCUUCCAUGAAAGUUGAACUGAGAGGCACUCAUCAAGAUUCUGAUGCAUAGCAUAUUUUUUAUUGCCUGUUCUCAAAGCUGAAAGGAGUAGAGUUUGCAAUUCUUAAUCCUGGAUAACAAUACAGUGGUACCUCGGGUUACAGACGCUUCAGGUUACAGACUCCGCUAACCCAGAAACUUUGCUUCAGGAUGAGAACAGAAAUCGCACCACGGCGGCAGCGGGACGCCCCAUUAGGUAAAGUGGUACCUCAGGUUAAGAACAGUUUCAGGUUGAGAACGGACCUCCAGAACGAAUUAAGUUCUUAACCCGAGGUACCACUGUAAUCUGUUUUAUAUACUGGUAUGGAAUACUUCAGGCAUAUGAAUUGCAAAACUUAGUGUACAACUUUGUGUGAACAACACAUUAUAUGUAUUAGUACCAUCUGCUUGCAAAAUGCCAAAUCAUCCUUUGAAAUCUAACUCCUGCAGAGGUAAGCUGUUUUUACUGCACGAAAGUGAUAAAUCAUAUAAUUUUCCAGAGGGGGAAACACACACACAAGCAUCUUUUGAUGCUUGAAAUCAUUCUGUCUUUGGGCUGAAAUUAGUGCUCUUGACUCAAUUUUGGGGGUUGAUUAUUCCUAAUAUUUGUAAGUAGUACAUUUAGCAUUCAAGUUGUAGACCUAACAUAUGAAUGCUUAGUUUCUUGUGGAAAACAAUGGGCUAGCUUUUGUAAGUGGAAUUGUCACAGACUCAUAGAAUUGCAAAGAUGGAAGGGACCCUAAGUGUCAUCUAAUGCAACCUCUUGCAAUGCAGGAAUCUCAACUAAAGUAUCCAUGACAGAUGACCAUCCAACCUCUGCUUAAAAACCUUCAGUGAAGAAGGUUUAUUGAAGGAUUACAACCUUCCGAGUUGUAAUCCUCUAUGCUUUAAGUUGGAUGUAAGAACUGUUGAACUGGGUGAAUCUUCUGGAAUAAAGGUGCAUAAGAUUCCACUUAUCAAUCUGCGUUUUAUAAGCUGUUCUAAAGGAGUGCCUUAGUCUAGUUAUCACUGUUGUUGUACGCCAAAGGUGACAGUAAGGUAGAUCGGCAUCUACUGGUUUGUCUAACCCUAGCAACAACAGAAAAAAAAUCUCCCUACACCAUAGUUUUUCAACUUUUUUGAGUCCACAGCUCCCUUGACCAACUACAUUCUGGCAGCCUCUCACCCUUUCUCAAACACCCUCCCUUGUGGCAUUUUCCCUCAGCCUUCUCUUUUUGGGAGUCCUCUGGGCAGCCACAGCUGCUGCCUCUGGUCUCUGAACUGCCCUCCUCUGCCCCAAAGAGAGGUGCCUCCUCACACUGCCAUACAGGGGUGUGGGAAGCAUCCCCCGGCCAGCCCCAGAGGCACCAUUUGCCUGGGGAGCUUGUAGCCAGGACUGCUGCAACAAACAGCUCUGCAAGCCUUUGGGAGGCAGAGAGGGCAUCAGAGGAAGGAAAGAGGGACAGAGGCCAGUGGUGCCCUUGGCACCCCUGACUAUCAUCCAAGUGCCACGGCACACUGGUUGAAAACCACUGCUAAGAUAGAUUGCUGAAAAAGAAAGCUUCACAGAAAACCAGGUGUGGAUAUUUUUGUGAAAGGAUUUGGGAGCUUAGUUCUGGGGCUGCUUGCAAAUUCCAGGACUCAUCGUGGCCCUUAAUUCUUUACUUAUGUCCACUUGGCUAGGUCACUAUUUUGCAGCUGGAUCAAAUUAAUGGACCUUGGAUUCUAAUGAAAAGACAUGGUAGAUCCCACAAGCUUGAAGUCCACCCCCCUUGGUGUAUGCAGUUCUCCCACUCUGAAGAGCUGAGCAGUGUGAUCAUAUAGUAGUGCAAAACCAGUCAACAUUUGCUAACUCUGUGUAAAUAUAAUGUGUUCGCUGUUGUCAACUGCAAAUGCAUUUUUCUUGCUCCAUUAUGUCAUUUCCAUAAAUAAUAGAAAGAUGAGGAAUAAUCUUUCCUCCUCCUUCCAGCAUUAUUUAAUGGACUCGGGGCAAAGGCGCUCUCUGUCUCCCGUUUCUCUAAUAUCUUAGUUGCUUGUGUAUGGUGCAUUGGAUGUUGAUGUGUUCCUGAUGAUGAUUUUUUAAAUUAAUGGAAAGUUUUGUUGAAAAUGAGUGGGCAAAACAAAAUACUUCUAUCUGAGGCUUCUUAAUGCUUUAAUUGGAUUUCUGUCAACACAUCUUAGGUCUCCUAUGUAAUUAGAGAUGAGGUGGAGAAGUACAAUCGAAAUGGGGUAAAUGCACUGCAGCUGGACCCAGCGCUAAACAGACUUUUUACAGCAGGCCGAGACUCCAUCAUCAGGAUAUGGAGCGUCAACCAGCACAAGGUAAACCAAACACAGAAGCUUUGCUUUAAAAGAUGGGCUUAGAAUGUUAGAUGCAGCCAAUGAAGAGUAUCUUACACCGUUAAAGGCCACUCUUGUGUUGUAUCGGCAAACACUGCAAAUCAUUCUUACCAAGUACAUUAGCAUCUUCAAUUUUUUUAGAUAAGAAAGCACAGUCACAAUAACAUUUGUCUAAUUUGGUGUAAAACGAAAAUCUCUUGUUUGUAUUUAUGGAAGGCAAGAUAUACAGUGCUUCCAAACAGGGACUUAAUAUUGCUAAUGAGCAGUGGAGAGCUAUUCCAAAUGGCUUGUUGGCAACAAAGGGUUUUUUUAAUACAAGAUUUUCUCUGUGUAUUUUGUGCAGUUUGAUACCAACCAUGUGUGGAUACUGCAAAGCAAAAAAGAAAACUUGCAUGCAUGAGGAGCACUAAUCCCACAAUAAACACCACAUUUAGAGAUUUUACUUUAAGAAUGGCCACUGAAGCAACACUGUUUUCAGCAGACUUUUAAAAAACAUAGGGGCAAGGCUUAGCUCCUUUGGGAAUAUACCAUAUUCUUCGCUCUAUAAGACGCACCAGACCAUAAGAAGCACCUAGUUUUUGGAGGAGGAAAACAAGAAAAAAAAUAUUCUGAAUCUCAGAAGCCAGAACAACAAGAGGGAUCACUGCUUUCACUGCGCAGCGAUCCCUCUUGCUGUUCUGGCUUCUGGCAUAGCUGUGCAGCCUCCAUAAGACGCGCACACAUUUCCACUUACUUUUUAGGAGGGAAAAAGUGAGUCUUAUAGAGCAAAAAAUACGGUACCCCCUUUCAACUCAUUUUUGCUCCCAAAGUGGUUUGCAACUAAAAUUCUCAAAGUACAGGUACAUUGACAAGUUUUCACUAUUGCUGUCCUAUUUAUGAAACUGGUUGAGUGACCCAUUGCCUCACUCCUUACUUUCCUGUCAUCUGCUGUGGUCUUACCAAGCUCCUGGUACCUGGCUAAUAGUGAGUUAGUCCAGUCCCAUCCAGAAAGUGAAGAGACUGAAGGACUUGGGGAGGUGAUGCUGGCUAAUACUGAAAAGAGCAGUUUCCUUCAAAUCCAAAAGGUGUUCUCAUUCCCUGGAGUUUUAGCAGAUAGCUUUUAAAAAUAAUUAGAGUGGUUUGUUGAGAGCUAAAUUCUGGCUGCUUUCUUGAGCAUCCUGAGUGAGAUUCACUAACUCAAUUAUGCUGUUAAAAUAAUUGCUCUGACCACCCCCACCCUGUCAGAAUGAUUUUGUUUUUUGUUUAAAAAUCUGGGCUACAGUAAUAACAUACAAGCUAUUUUUCUAUGCCUGAGCAAGAGAAAAUGAAAUGUUUGAAAGCAAAUUUGUCAAAUGAUGUGCGAUUUCUCCCUCCCCUCCCACUUCUGUAACUGAAAUCUGGUGGUGAUGCUAGAUCAUAUUAAUUAUUUUCCUUACUCUAGUAAUCUUGAGAUCAAAGUUAUGGUUUAUGGUUUGAUUUAGUGUUUAAUUGCUGCUCUUACUUCUUUUGUAUUUUAAAUUUAAAAUAAAAAUUGCUCUGAACACAGCAAAAAAUGGCCCCAUGGAACAGGAGCAAGGACUCACAAUUGUGUUGGGUUUUUUUUUAAUUCUAGCAAGACCCUUAUAUAGCAUCUAUGGAACAUCAUACAGACUGGGUGAAUGAUAUUGUACUCUGCUGCAAUGGCAAAACGUGUAAGUGCCUUUUAAAACACUGCAUGAUUCUUUUGAGUUACAUGUAUAUUGGUAAAUCCUAAUUUAUAUGGUGUUUUUCUGUGUUCUCAAAGACAUGCACUGUCUUAGUAAUCUUACAACAACCUUGUGAAGUACCUUAGUAGGUUUAUAGUCUACUGCUUUACAAAAGAACUUGAAGUACUGUAGUUUCCAAAAGCCGCUUAUCACAAAUAUAGCAAAGUAAGACAUUAAUGAUGCAAUGGCAGAAAUAUCAUAGGAAAUUAAUUAAAAAUCAAUAGGAAAAUGCCUGGCACGUGUUUAGCUGGCACCAGGUGCUAUGACGGGAGGUGGUCUUGUGGGUCCCACCCGAGGGAGUUCCAGAGCUGUGAAUAUACCAGCUCUUGUAUCAUUUCAUAUGAGCUACUUGCAAGUAAAUGCAAAUUCUAGUUCUUGAAGGAUGGACAGAUUCUCUUUGCUAGUUCCCACAGAAACAUAACCCAUUGUAACUUUUUUCCUUUGUAGUGAUAUCUGCUUCAUCCGAUACUACUGUUAAAGUAUGGAAUGCACAUAAGGGAUUUUGCAUGUCAACACUAAGGACCCACAAGGUAACAGGAAGCAUAGAAAUGCCAUAAAUAAUAAGUACCGUAUUUCUCUGUGUAUAACACUAGGUUUUUCCCCUAAUAAAAAUUAGGAGGCGUCUUAUACACGUAUAGUGCCGAGGCCAUUUUCUUAAAUCUGAGUCCCCCAAAAUAGGGGGUGUCUUAUACAUGGGGGCGUCUUAUGGAGGGGGAAAUACGGUAAUGACUGCGAUUGUCAAAUCAGUAGUGCCAGUGUUCUAAAGUGCCUUUUUGUCAAAUCCAUUUACUUAUUUUAGGAUUAUGUGAAAGCCUUGGCAUAUGCAAAAGAUAAAGAGCUGGUGGCAUCUGCUGGGCUGGACAGACAGAUAUUCCUCUGGGAUGUAAAUACGCUAACAGCACUGACUGCCUCAAAUAACACUGUCACGAGUAAGUACCCAGAGGAUUUAAGCUUAUGCUGAUCUGUGCAAAGCAAUUUUUACUGCCAUGGAGGGGGGGAUAUUUUGCAACCCCACAACUUUCUGGAGCAAUAGUUCACUGCUGAAACAAAAUUGAUAGAGUAAGCCUCAACAGGCAGAUAGAAAUGACUCCAGUCAGCGUUCAAAGGUCAGUUUUUAAACUUAACAAUAUUAGUUAAGUGAUAUAAAAGGAUAUGGUCCGAAGACAUGUAAGGCAAAACUAAGUGGGUCUGGUCAGUACCUAGAUGGGUGACUGCUAGGAAUGGCAUGUAUUCCACCCUAGGUCCCAUAAUGCAAGAAAGAUGAGCUAUAAAUAGAAGGAAGCAAAUAAAAUACAAGAAAGUGUUUCCAUUAAUGACAGGGACACUAGCUGGACCCAUAUAUUCCUGGAACCUGGACAGAAGUUGCCUACAAUGGUUCUGGCUGUAGAAACACAUAGUCUUCAUGGGCUUCUGUUUGAGUAGAUGCCAGGCCACCUGAGAGUGGGUGAGGUGGGGAAGUUUGUAACAAUGUCAAAUUCACUUGUUUCAGUGUGUCUUAAUGUCUGUCAGCCAUUUACUUAUAUGGGAGAAAAUCAAGUUCUCUGUUGGGAUCUUAGUGUUCCCACCGGGGUAAAGGUACAAACUUGUAGCUCUCAGCUACCUUACCAUGUGUGAUGAGAAUUGACUUUUUAAAACGUUUACCUCAAAUUACAGCCCUUAAUAUACUUUGCUUCUGUAGCAUGGUGAAAACACAUUGCAGAGGGUAUUGCAUUGCUCUAACAGCAGCCCAAUAAAGCAUUUCCAAGUAUAGUGUGACCAUUAUAAAGAGAGGAAAUGAUGGGCUGAAAAAUGUAUUGUGGCAGCAAAAUGUAAAUUCUUAAUGCCAAACACUACUUAAAUUGGUUACUCCAAGUUCUUGCUCUUUCUUGGUUUGAAAUAUUCAUCCAAAACGAUGUUUGAUUUGUUUUCAAUAGCUUCUUCCCUCAGUGGGAACAAAGAUUCUAUCUACAGUCUUGCCAUGAAUCAGAUGGGAACAGUAAUUGUAUCAGGGUCCACUGAAAAGGUAAGCAAGACACAAACGCAGACACACUGGCUUGGUGAAAAGAUUGCGCACAACUUCUAUAUAAAUUUCAAAUCUUUCAGUGUUCCAAUGUCUGAACAGGAAUAUCUGUCCUGAACAAUUAUUUUAUUAAACAUUCCCAUACUCUGGGAAGACUGCGCUUGAUGUUGUUAGGCAGACAUUUUGUCCAAUCCAACAGGAUACUUAUUGGAGCUGGAGGGUUUAUAAUACAGCCUUAUCCCACUAAGCUGCUGGAGAAGUUUAUCCCAUAGCCUGGUGCUGAAGGGCCUGCACUUGGUCCUCUUUCUUCUGAAAGUAUUCCUCCAAUAUAAUGGGCUGAGGGAGUUUAGUAGUUACAGUACAAUUGUUAUCCCUACACACAUACAAAACAAAAUAUGUCUGUGGAUAUCUUUGGGAGAAGAAAAGGCUAAGGAGUAAAUUCUACACAAAUCCGGAACAGAGACCCUAAGAUGGUGGGACGCACCUUGUACACCUUCUGGCAACUCCUGCAGCCAAUCUUGUGCCAAACGUAUUGCUCUGCUUUCCUUUGGACCACAUCAGCCAGGUCGAGAGGGGUGUCUUGUCAUCUGGGUAGCCCAGGACCUCCAUGCACACUGCCCAGGCUUGCCCCUUGGGAAGGUCACUUCAGUGCUGCUAACGCAGUGGUUUGACUUCAUUGCCGGAAGAGCACUCCAUUGUAGGAGGCCAUUUAGCAGAACCCAACUAUUCUUUCUCUCCCCUACCUUCCAGGCAUUGGGAAUCAUGAGGCUAUGAUUUCGGGUAGUGGGGAGCCUGCCAUUGUUGUACGGUCAUACCUCUUGUUACGUUUGCUUCAUGAUACGUUUUUUCAGAUUGCGCCCCGCGGCGACCCGGAAGUACCAGAAAGGGUUACUUCUGGGUUUCGCCACUCGCGCACGUGCAGACGCACAAAAUGACAUGCGCAGAAGCGGCAAAUUGUGACCCGCGCGUGUGCAGACGCGGGUUGCGUUCCUUUCAGGUUGAGAACGGGGCUCCGGAAUGGAUCCCGUUUGCAACCAGAGGUACCACUGUACUUUCUAAAAGAGUCAAAGAGUCUGGUGCCUAUUCAAGAAACCUAAAUUGAAUUGGCUUUAGUGUGAAGACCCUUUAAAAAUUAGGAAAUGAGUUUGGAUCACAAUACCAUUGUAAUAUAUCAGAGGUUUUUUCCCCCCUCAACAGGUAUUAAGGGUUUGGGAUCCAAGAACCUGUGCAAAGCUUAUGAAACUCAAGGGGCACACAGACAAUGUUAAAGCUUUGCUACUGAACAGAGAUGGCACACAGGUAUGCAUUUGAUAUCACAUUACUGUGAAGGCUACUAGCUGUACGGGGAAGAUUUCUCUCUGUGGUGCAAUAAUAUCCUCUCAGCCCUUUGCAUUGCUUAUUCCGCAAGAUCGGCUUUGAGUUCUUAAUAAGAAAUCUGUUGAAACAAACACAAUGCAUUUUGUUUCAUAUUUGAGCAAACAUCAACUGUAAUUAAAUACUUUGCUAGAACCAACAAGCUAAAAGGGGGGGGGUUAAAAAAGAAUUGUUUGGCAUAAGUUUUUUGUGUGCGUUAUUUCUGUUGUAAAAUGAAACUGUAACAUUCUAUAGGAAAAACAGAUUGAACGGAAGGAAAACUGGACUUGCAUGUUGACUUUAGAGAACUAAACAUUUACUCACUGUUUUAUUGGAUAUGUAAUUGUUUAAAAUUGAACAACCAUUCUUGUUACAGUGUCUUUCCGGCAGCUCUGAUGGGACUAUCAGACUCUGGUCCCUUGGUCAGCAGAGAUGUAUAGCUACAUACAGAGUCCAUGAUGAGGGUGUAUGGGCACUUCAAGUCAAUGAAGCCUUCACUCACGUAUAUUCAGGUGGAAGAGACAGAAAGAUAUACUGUACAGAUCUACGAAAUCCUGAUAUUCGGGUGCUCAUUUGUGAAGAAAAGGCACCUGUCCUUAAGGUAAUAUACAUAACAAUUUUUUUUAAUAUACAUCUUGGUAAAACUUACUAUCAGUAGAGCUGCAAACCUCCUUUUGUUUCCAUCAGAUACAGCUUGACUGUUCUGGGUGGCAAGUGUAGAAAUGCAUAAUACAACUUGGGACAUCAUUUGUGGAGAGGGCGUAGUUAUUAUUAUUUAUUCAAUUUUUAUACCGCCCUUCAUCCAUAGAUCUCAAUGCAGUCCACAGCAUAAAAACAAUAUAAAAACACAAAAUAAAUAAUAAAAAGAAGAACAACGGAACAGUAACUCCCCCCUCUUUCCCCACCCCCUCCCACAAACACAUUAAAAAGGGUUAAGGAUGUUAAUCAGCCAAAGGCCUAGUUAAAGAGGAAUGUUUUCGCCCGCCACCUAAAGGUGUAUAUUCCAUAAAUGAGAACCUUCCUCACUGUUUGCAUCUGUAAGGAGAUGAGACAUAAAUACUGGGCAUUUUUUAACAUAAACAUGGUGGUUUUUUUAUGACAAAUGUUGCUUUAUUCAUAUUGUUUUUUGAAAUCAAUAAUUUUGCUGUGGCUGUGGCUUAAAUAUAGACUGUUAUUUUUCUAAAUUUGGAUAUGUUAACUCCUGUAACUUAAUAACAAGGCCAACCUUCGGAUGUGUUCCACAAUACUUCAGCCACUUACCAUCAUAGAGUAAUGACAGUGUACAACCAAACUAGAAAAACAGGGUUGCUGAAAUCUGCUCAGUCUUUGGAAAACACAUCUAGAAAGUAAAGCUUUAUUUAAAAAUAUCAUGCCGCCCUCUGAGAUGGAGCCUUUAUCUCUGUGAGAUGGGUUGUCAAUUUUAAGGAAGAUAAGCAGGAACAUAUAGUAGGUGUUAGAACAGUACUGUGUGUUAUGAUAAAUCUCAUCUGUAAAUUCAGUUUUUAAAUACAUCUGUACACUAUGCAUAUAGAAACCUGACACCUGAAUUUCAAAAGCAAAUUUGCCAAUUGUACUGGAACUGUUGAUUUUAUUAUUUUAACCUGAAGCCUAGUUCUGCCCUGGGUUCUGUUCCUUCUUACUCCUAGUGAAACAUGUGGCCCCUUUCAGCACUAAAAUUCUAUGAUUCUAUGUUCCACUUGGUAUAAAGGAGUAUACUGUAUAUUGUAUGGGUGUGCACCAGUAGAAAGAUGAUGUAACACUUCUCAUUUCUUGAUUGUUCAGAUGGAGCUAGAUCGAUCAGCUGACCCUCCUCCAGCACUCUGGGUUGCAACAACAAAAUCAUCUGUGAAUAAGUGGGUAAGAAAUGAAUUAAACCUGUGUAAAUUUACAUAUGCCCAGUUGUGCAUAAUUGAUCCUUCCUUGAUAAUCUUGGGAAGCUCACUUGAGCAAAGUUGUAGAAUCCCUCAUCUAUAAAUGGAACUCUCUCCACCAUACUAAAAUAUACAUGCAUCCAUCACUGGGCAAUAUCCAGUGUUGGUCAAACUCACAAGUAGACCCAUUUAAAUAAGUGGCCUACUCUGAGGCUGACUAACAUUAGAUAUCACCUACUGACUCAUCUAGGAUGGCGGGUGGCGCUGUGGGUUAAACCACAGAGCCUGGGACUUGCCGAUCAGAAGGUCGGCGGUUCGAAUCCCCGCGACGGGGUGAGCUCCCGUUGCUCGGUCCCUGCUCCUGCCAACCUAGCAGUUUGAAAGCACGUCCAGCGGGAAGGUAAAUGGUGUUUCCGUGCGCUGCUCUGCUUCGCCAGAAGUGGCUUAGUCAUGCUGGCCACCUGACCCAGAAGCUGUACGCCGACUCCCUCGGCCAGUAAAGCGAGAUGAGCGCCGCAACCCCAGAGUCGGUCACGACUGGACCUAAUGGUCGGGGGUCCCUUUACCCUUUACCUUUACUGACUCAUCUGCUUUACGCACUUUGCAUAGAAGAGUGUGGCAUGAGUGAAGCUUGAUGCUUCUGCCUUCUGGACCAGUUUUGCACCUUGAUUCAUCAGGUCCUCUACUUGUGGCAUGAUGUUGUCCGAAUAUUUGUAGUUUUUUCACAAGGGCCAUCAUGGAAACUGGACAAAUCGUUCCCCCAAGGUGGAGAAAGAUCCUUUGAAGAAGGAGGCAGAGGCCAUAUUGUGUAGUGGAAUCUAAUUAUGAUCCUUUUACUUCUUCUCCCCUUGCUUUCAUUUUAUUUAUUUUUUAGACUUUGAAAGGAAUUCACAACUUUAGAGCUUCAGGGGACUAUGACAACGACUGUACCAACCCAAUCACACCCCUUUGUACACAGCCUGACCAAGUUAUUAAAGGUGCGAUUAACACUGGGGGAAUUACUUAAAAGUAGUGCUUUGGGGCUGGCAGGGCCAGCGGGGGGCAGAGAAAUAAACAGUACUUGAUCCAGAUUUAAUCUUUCUGCAAAAUCUUGUGUAAAUGAUCAAUCUGUUCCUUUGAGCAUCAGGGCUUUUGUCAUCUACAUUGGUUGGGACUAAGCAAAGGGGGCUAGAGAGUCCUGCAAAGUACAGAAGUGCGGCUCUUCAACAUUUGGGUCCUGUCAGGCAGAAACUAUCUCUCACUAUGACUGAUGGGAGCCUUGUUCUGUGGUUUGUUUUAUGUGUCUCCCCACCACAGCACCACCACUUUAAAGUAAAAACUUGCCAAUUCAGGAUUCCAGGCCUAGGCACCAGGUACUGCACCCAGACACCAUAUAAAAUUCUGCAUGGUGCUUCCAGAGGUGCAGAAUAUUAAUUAUUCCUGUUCCAUCUGAGUAAUGAAAAAUUAAAAACAAUUCAAAAUGGCAUCUUCCUUUUUUUUCUUUCGACUGAUCCUUUCCCACACAGGCUUUGUGUGUAUCUUUCUGUGUUAAACACUUUUACAGACAGAGAGAUCUGCAUGGAUGGUCUGAUUUACUUGGGUUUCCCCUCCCUUUCUUUUUUCUUUUUCCCUAGGGGGUGCUAGUAUUAUUCAGUGCCACAUUCUCAAUGACAAAAGACACAUAUUAACCAAAGACACAAACAACAACGUGGCGUACUGGGACGUGUUGAAGGUAGGUGCCAAGUGACUGGUCAAAUAUGUGUGAUUAGGUUGUCUUGUAUUAACUGCUUCUUCAUAUACAGUGGAUUCAUGUUUCCCGUGUAGCUUGGAUUGGUAGAUCCCCUUUAGGAUGGGAUCCAUCAGGUGCUGCUUUGGAAGAACAAAAGGGCCGUUUGGGGUGGGAACAUCUUUUACAGCUGGUUUUUGGCCAUUUUUUAAUAGUUCAUGCUUCUUCAUAGCUCUCCAUUAGCUUUUGUAAAAAGAGAAGUACUUCCUGAUUAAAUCAAUAAACUCAUUAAUCCCUUGCUUAAAAACAGAAGCUCUAAAUUAUCUUAGAGCACAUUUCUUCCUCUCUCCUUCAAAAAACCACCGUUCCAACCUAUCAGGCAGUAAAUUACUUCUGAGCAAGUUCCUGGAGAAAGGUCAGUAGCGAUGCCUCUUAUAGCAGUAAUUUACAGUAACUGCUAGGGUGUUUUAAGAGAGCUAGUUUUCCUUGCUUUUUCUUGAAGCCCCAUUGGGUGUGUAUUUUAAACAAAUUGGAAAUGGGUGGUUGUAUCGCUCAACUGAUAGCAAGGCGGCUCCAUCAGGGGAACUUGAGUGGUGGUGGGGGAAAGGAAUUUUGAUCAAUUCCUCUCCUUCCCCAAAAAAGCUCAACAACUUUGGUCAGUCCAAUGGGUAGAUCACUGCCGGUUUAUUUAUAGUGGGGGUAGAUCACAGUCUCUUGGAAGUAGGGCAUGUGCCUGCUCUAAAACUAUUUUGGAGGAUUGCGGACCCGACUUCAAAAGGUUUGGGAACUCAGAGGGCUGCAAGGGAGUGGAAGAAAUGUUGAAAGCUGCUUUCUUCCCCAUUCCUCUAAUGGAGCUCUUUGCUAUUGGUCUGAGUGGCGCAAUUGGAUGCAACUCAUCCUAAACAUGAGAGAGCAUUCAAAACAAACUCUGCCAGGGAGUGCAAGUUUGUUGAUGAUAUGUGGUACAUCUGUGCUGCAUAACCUUUUCUGUUGUUGUCGUCUUACAUACAGGCAUGUAAAGUAGAAGACCUUGGGAAAGUGGACUUUGAAGAAGAAAUUAAGAAAAGGUUUAAAAUGGUUUACGUGCCAAAUUGGUUUUCAGUAGACUUAAAAACUGGGGUAAGGCACACUUUAAUUAAUUUCAGUGUUGUUGAGGUGAUUUAUAGCUCCUUCCUUUGGCGCUCAAGGCUGUGUGUGUGUGUGUAUAUAUAUAUAUAUAUAUAUAUAUGGUGUGUGUGUGUGUGUUUAUAUAUGUCUAUAUAUGGUGACAGCCGCAAUGUAAUUUUUAGAACAGCCCUGCGUGGUGCAUUGGGCUGAGACAUUGUGGUUAGGAGACUGUGGGCCUAAUUAGGCUUGGCAAGGGUCUUACGCACCCUUUUAAAAGGACCUCUACUGGAUAAGGUCAAAGGCCCAUGUAGUUCAGCAUACUGUUCUCACAUUCACCACCCGGGUGCCCCUGGGAAGCCUGCAAAGCAAGACAUAAGCACAUCAGCUCUCUCUCCUCUUGUGAUACCCAGCAUUUGCUAUACCGAGACACACUGCUGAGAGUGGAGGUGGAAUAUGGCCAUCAUGGCUAGUAGUCAGUGAUAGCCUUGUCCUCCAUGAAUAUUUUAAAGCCACCCAAGUCGAUGGCGUACACUACAUCCUGGAGGAGCGAAUUUCAUAGUUGAACUGUAUGCUUUGUGAAGGAAGUACAGUCGUACCUUGGAAGUUGAAGGGAAUCCGUUCCAGAAAUCUGUUGGACUUCCAGAACGUUUGGAAACCAAAGUGCGAAGCUCCUGCAGCCAGUCGGAAGCUGCGGAAGCUCCAUUGGAUGUUCAGCUUCCAAAUAUAGAUCGCAAACCGGAACAAUCACUUCCAGGGUUUGCAGCGUUCGGGAUCCAAAACAUUUGAGAACUAAGCUGUUUGAAAACCAAGGUACGACUGUACUGUCUUCUUUCUGUCCUGAAUCUUGCAACGUUCAGCUUAGUUAGAUGUUCCCAAGUUCUAGAGAGAGGGAGAAAAACUUCUCCCAAACCACACUAUACAUAAUGUUACACAUCUCUUAUCAUGUGCUCCUGGGCUCUCCGUUUUUUCAAAGCAGUUACUUAAAUUUUAAAUAUAUGAAAUUGGAUUAUGCAUAUUGUAUACAUAUGUUUCCUGCAAGAGGAAGGGACAAAAUGUCUAGGUGCACAAGGAAAAAAAGGGUGUGUUUUAAAUGAAGCAGAGGUUGAAGUUGUGUGCAGAUACCAGUUUGCAAUCUGAUGUUCAAGAGAGUCCCUGAGGAAGAGCGGUGGUUUGAAGCACAUUGGUCAUAUGCCUUUGGUUUGAGAUGGUAGCUCUCUUGAAAGUAACUAAAUAUAGUCAAGUACCUCUUUGGAGUCUGCAUUGUUAGUUCCAAAAGGUGUGCCAAAUUCCUUCCACAAGCAUUUUUUAAUCUCAAAGCUUCCUUAUCGAAUCACCUGUCAAUCACUAUGAUAACAUUUUUCAUUCGGGUUUAAAAUGGGCUACAGAGGAGGAUCCUUGCCAAAAGCAAGGCUUGACAUCACUUCCCAUCAUCUUCCCUCUCGCUUCUGGCAGGGAUCGGAUGACCAAUCCCCAUGGGAUUGAUAAUGUCUUUGUUUUUUAUUUUCAGCAGCAUUAGUGUUUGAAACCAUUUCUUUUGUUGUUCCCAGUUGAAAAUGAGGCACACAUUUGUUUGAGAAUUUGUAUUCAGCAUGUUGAUGAAUACUAAUUACUGUGGAAAUGUAGUGAACAACUGUUCAAAGAUCUUGCUGUAUGGCCUUGUAAAACUAAUACACAGAUACUAAUGUAAUGAUGAGAUGACAGAUGUUGUCAUCUGCAUGUAAUCCUUUGUAUAAUCAAAGUGUGCUUGUCAAAGUUUUCUGUAGGUUUGAAUGUGUAGGUUUCGUUCUUAAUACAGUAUUCAUACUGCAUUCCUCCCAACGGUCUUGUUUUGACAGAUGUUGACAAUUACUUUAGAUGAGAGUGACUGCUUUGCAGCUUGGGUCUCAGCAAAAGAUGCUGGCUUUAGCAGUCCAGAUGGCUCUGAUCCAAAAUGUGAGUGUGCGUUGACAUUAUUUCAUUAAACAACAAAACUCCUUUACCUUACCAUGUUUCUGAAAAGUGUAUAUAAACCUAUUGGGCGAUCUCCCUACGCCCCGUCAAAUGCUCGAGAGAUUUUUUUUUCUUUUUCUUUUUAAUUCAGACUUCUUGCUGUGGCAGUUUGUGUUGGCUUGGUUUUCUUUGAAAACUUAACCCUUGCGAGGCUCAAAUUGCCUAGCCUGUCUUGGUCCACAGUUCUGCACUACUUGUAGCAGUGUAAUCUGUGAGACUGUCACCAGCUCAUCCUCUGCAUGGAGUGGAAAUUUGGGGCGGUAUUCAAUGAACUCAUUCCAUAAGCUCAGGGAUUUACACGUCACCCCUCUUCCUUCCUGUGUGUGUCCAGUGCCCCCCCAUAUCUGCUCCAGACAGUUGGGGGAACCCCCUGAACAGAUUUAGUGGGGAGGAGGGAGGAGGAAAAUCUGUUGCACAAGCUUAUAUCCUUGCACUGGUGGAGUGAGUUAAUUAGCACUUCAUUGAAUGCAAGCCAUUACCCUGAUCUUGCAAGCAAACCAGUUUGCAGCAUCAGUACUUCAGUUUUCAACAAGUGCCCUUCAGUGAAGGCUCCUUUUGAGCUUUCAAUUAGAAAGUAUGAACUAAGGUCCAGAUCCAAAGAGCUACCUCAGUGCAUACAGGGACCUGAGCCCAUCCUGUGGGUUUGCCUCUUUGAAUAGCAAAGUCCCGUGCUAUAUCAUAAACCUGCUUUUGAAAGUUCCCUCGGUUUCCAAAGAGGUUUAUGUUGGGAGGGGCUGUUUUUCUGUCCAGAAAAACAAGGCCAAAACAGCCCCCGUGGGUAUGUGGAACCAGCUGCAUGGUUCUUUGGAUGGCAGCCUUAAAAAUGUCUGUAACUAAUACUAAUAACAUGCUAGUUUUUUUAAUUAAAAAAUUCAUUUCUAACUUUUAUAAAUACCGGCGACAAAUUCUUGUUUUCUUUCCCUUUUGUGUUACAAAAUGCAGUGAACCUGGGAGGGCUCUUACUGCAAGCUCUCUUAGAGUAUUGGCCUAGAACCCACAUCAAUCCUAUGGAUGAAGAAGAAAAUGAGAUGAACCAUGGUAAGUGAUUCUUUGUGCUGCAUGGAAAGGUUAGACUUUCCUUUCUCUUAGCAUAUUGGCAAUGCCUUCCUGUACGUAUAGUAAGCUUUGAUAUGUAAAUACGGAGUAUAAUCCACAUCUGAUCCUACUAGCAAGAGAAAAGGUAGCUGGGUGCCAGUUCUCGAUCCAGCUUUGUCGCUGGAGACCUAGAUAGCCCCAGUGGCUAGAAGCACUUUUCACCAGCUGCAACUGGUAUGACAGCUUGGCCGCAGCAGUUUUUGUGCAAUGGUUAAUUCAGGAUUGGAUUACUGCAUACGUGUUCUAUGCAAGGCUUCCCUUGCGCUUGAUCCGGAAGCUCCCGCUAGUGCAGAAUGCUGCAGCAUGGUUGCUAACGGCGGUGAGACCCUGCCGGCAUAUGAGACAUCCUUUCAGAGACCUGCCCGUUUGCUUACAGUUCAAGGUUUUACCAUUAGCAUAUAAAAGCCCUUGGACCAGUUUACUUGCAAGAUCACUUUAUCUUAUAUAUACCAAUUGACUGCUUCACUCUGCAGAACUGACACUAGUUGCAGGUGCCACGUAAUACUUGUUCCACCUUUGUAAGAAAUUGAUCUUUUAGUGUAGCGGUGCCUGCACUUUGGAACUCCCUUCCUAUUGACACCACACAGGUACCACUGUACUCCUUUCAGCUCCUGCUAAAAAAAAUAAAUGUUCAGGCCAGACUAUCCAGAUACAUGUGCUAAUCUGGUUUUAGCCGAUCCUUGAUUUUAUUUUAUUUUAAUGUUUUAAUUAGUUGUUUUGAACUGCUUUUGCUCAUAAUUUUGUUUUAUUCUUUUUGUAGAUUGCUUUGAGGCUUUAAGCGGUGCAUAAAUCUUGUAAAGUAAAAAAAAUGAAACAAAUUUCAAAAAUCUCUUGCAGUGAUGAGAAUGGAAUAUGCUUGUUUUGAACUGAAUUACUACUGUGUGGUCUUAUUACUGUGUGGUCCAUUUCUCCCCUUCCUAUAAUAGUGAACGGCGAGCAGGAGAACAGAGUACAGAAAGGAAACGGAUACUUCCAGGUGCCACCGCACACGCCAGUUAUUUUUGGCGAAGCUGGAGGACGCACUUUGUUUAGGUACAAAAAUUCUGAAAAAGAAUUCUGGGGAAGUUGGGGUGGAGAGGGGAGCACGUCUGCCGUCUCACGUUUAGGUUACUGGCUUAUUGGUUGUAAACCGUGUGACAGGAUUUGGAAAAGCAAACGAUGAGCAAACUUGAAUUCUUUGAUAGUGCGACUUAGUGACAGUGCCAUGACUCCAAUCUCACCUCUGCCAUUAGAUGGCCUUAGGGAAGCCACAGACAGUCAGCUUGUCCAUCUGCCAUAGGGGAUCUGUAUUCACAGGAUUGUUUUAAGGACCACAAAGAAAAUAUAUAAUAAGCAGCAUUACCUUUUAAACCCAAAGCAAGUUGAUUGUCAAGGGGCACUUUCCUCUCUUCAGAUGUCCUUUAUUCUCUCUGCAUAUAAACUGUGAAGGAGCAAGGCAUGUUUUCAUAAAUUGUCUCAAGGAGUUUAAACGCUUUAUUAAGAUAUUGUUCAUGGUGCCAUCCCAAAGGCUCACACCCUUUCUCACUACACAAGAAGUCAAGAAUGAGUUCUCCUCCUGUGCUCCCAUGUCAGAAGGCAGACAAUUCCUCACGAGGUAAGAAGUGGCCCCAACCACUCUCCCUCCCUAAACUUCUUGACACCUAAUUGGAGAUCAGCGGUUUUGCAGCCUCCUAGGAAGCAAAUUUUUCCUCUCUCUUAUGAAAUACUAUUUCUGAUCCGCACAAUUUGUGCGGUGGGGAGAACCCCUUAAUUCCCUCCCCAAGCAGUAGGAGAGGCAUGGGAAUUAGUUUGCCUCUCAGUGGCCACUCCCCUCUGUAGCAGGAGCCAUGAAGGGACAUCCUAGGAAAGCAAGUUGUCACUGGAAGGGCUUUCAGUGGCAAGGCUGAUCAGCUAAUAAGCUGAUGGUCUGGACUUGCUCUGUGCUCCAGAGAGCUCCCAGCUAGCAAAAGUUAGUAAAGGUAGUAGAUGAGAAUACUUGAUCCAGAUCCCAGUGGGGUGGACCCCAUCAGGUAAGGAGAGGAAGGCAGAGGGAAGCCAAGGUUUUAUCCAUUCAUUAGCAUCUAUGUCCAUUCUGCUGCAUUGAAGAAAUGGGGCUAUUCUGUUAAAGAGUGCUACCCUUUUGGUUUUUGUGAUCAAAACCUAGUCUGUCCCACUGAAGGAUUUGUCACAGGAGAAUACUGGUUCAUUUAUGAUACCCCAAGUGUUUUGCUUUUUUUUUGCAUGCCCUGCUUGGCUACUUAUUUAUUUUAGGACUUCCUGGGGAUAUCUUAUUCACCUUUAACUGUUGGUUUUUGUUUUAUCUCUUACACCGGUACCUAGCCAUGCAGAUGGACUUUAGGUGCAAGCUAACAGUUGAAGCAUUCCAUAGGUUCUAAGAAGCCAAAAUAAAAAUCUGUGGAGUGGGACCCUUCCUCCCUUCUUGAUACCACAUUUUAUGUGCUGUCUUCUUACAUACCACAGGAGUUAACCCAUUCCUGACCAAGAAGGAAAAUAUAUGAUUAGACUUAACCUUGCUCUUUGUCCUAAAAGUUGACGUCCCUUCAAGGUAUUGUAGUAAGAUGAGGCAGUUGGUAGCUUUGGACUGGACUUUAAUUGCCUGUGCUAAGGAAGCGAACUCAGACAUGUAACUUAAAGCAUUCCCAAGCAUAAUUCAAUGCAGGACAUGUGCCACAAGCCGCGGGCACAAAUUCAUCCCAGCAUGUCUUAAAACACAUUUGCCUUUGUCUAUCAGACUAUAUACCUUGUUACUUCCAAUGGUAUUUCCUUGUUUUCAUACACUUGCUGUUGGUUUUUGUGCAGAGAUGACACCUUAAAAGAUUUUUUCCCACCCCGCAUUAAUCUAUCAAUGUACCAUGUUUUGAAACUCUUUCCAAUUAGGCUGCUAUGUCGGGAUUCCGGGGGUGAGACUGAAUCCAUGCUCCUUAACGAAACAGUGCCACAAUGGGUAAUUGACAUCACUGUGGAUGUAAGUUUCUUUUCGAUAUUCUAGACUUGCAGGAAAGAGAGAAAAUCUAGAGCAGCCUUCCCCAAGCUGGUUUUGGACUACAACUCCAGUGGGGCUGGUGGGAGUUGUAGACCAAACUGGUGUAGACUUUUGCUCUUAAUUAAAAAUAAAAUAAAAAAUUGGCUGUUAAGGGCCAUGCUUCUGUUUCAGGUACGUGGAAUAUGCUGAGAGCAUUUUGCAAGUUUAAAAAUGAUUCGUCUUAUUUACAGCUUUAGUUGUGAUUUUAUUUCUCUUGUUUCCUUAUCUGAAAGUAAAUUAAAUGAUUUCAGUUGCUGAGUUGCACUUAAGCUGGCAGGAAUGCUACUGAAAUUUCUCUUGUGACUAACUAAGGCAGUGAAACAUCGUUCAGUUUUAGCUAUAAAAAAAACAACAAGCUGGGGAACAAUGACAAAGAAAAACUCAUGCAAAUGAGAAGAUUAAUUUAUCAUUUAAGGAGUAAGUAAAUGUGCUUGUUACAGUUUCUGCUUUUUUAUUUUGUAGAAGAAUAUGCCAAAAUUUAAUAAGAUUCCUUUCUACCUCCAACCUCAUUCCUCAUCUGGAGCAAAAACGUUAAAGAAGUAAGUAUAUAAAAUAAAUUACAAAACUGCUCUUGGUUUCCAGGAGCAUGGAAUAAUGAGCCACAAUCGGCUAAGACUUCGUGUCUCAACCACAAAUACACUUUGUUUCCACAGGGAUCGACUGUCAGCCAGCGACAUGUUGCAAGUUAGGAAGGUGAUGGAGCAUGUUUAUGAAAAAAUAAUAAAUCUGGACAAUGAAUCUCAGACAACUAGCUCUUCCAAUAAUGAAAAGGCUGGGGAACAAGAAAAAGAGGAGGACAUUGCUGUUUUAGCAGAAGAGAAAAUUGAACUUCUGUGCCAGGACCAGGUAUCCUCAUUGCCUACCUUUCUGGUGGUUUUAAGAAUUCAGUGGAGUGGACACAACGUUGUAUGCCAUUCUGAGUUCCUUGGAAGGAAGGCAGGAUAUGUUGGCUGGUGGGGAGGUGGUGGUCUUGAAGUCCUAUGAAAUGCUUUUGGAGAAGAAGAAAAGCCGGGGUUGUGUUUGUGGCAUUGGAGCACGUAACCUGUCACAUUCUGAGAAUUCAAAAAUGGGCUCAAACCAAAACAGGUUCGCUUUUGUCCUGAAUAACUGUGUUGUCUCCCAGUGGUUGAAAUUAUCCACCUCUCCAGGGUGGGAGAAGAUUCUCCAGUGGGUACCAACACCUCACUUUGCAUGUCUUCUUGCAGUAGAGAGCCUCAACCAUCAGUGGGACCCAAAAAGGGGUUCCCUGGCAAAUUCCCUCUUGUAAAAUUAAUUUGGAGUCCCAAAGGCACUCAGAGAACCAACCGCUUUGAAAUCCUCAAGUAGAGUUCCUCAGUCUCACACAAGUUGUUAGUAGACAAGGUGUGGUGUCAGACAGCCCCCCGUCAGUACAUUUAUCACACUGCAAAGUAUUUUCAUUUACUUGCGUGCUUUAAAAACAAUGGUUCAUCUUCCUUGGCUGCCGUGAUGCAAGUUCCAUUUUGAAUAAUAAUAAUAAUAAUAAUAAUUUAUUAUUUAUACCCGCCCAUCUGGCUGAGUUUCCCCAGCCACUCUGGGCGGCUCCCAAUCAAGUAUUAAAAACAAUGCAGCGUUAAAUAUUAAAAACUUCCCUAAACAGGGCUGCCUUCAGAUGUCUUUUAAAACUAGGAUAGCUACUUAUUUCCUUCACAUCUGAAGGAAGGGUGUUCCACAGGGUGGGCGCCACUAACGAGAAGGCCCUCCGUCUGGUUCCCUGUAACCUUACUUCUCGCAAUGAGGGAACCGCCAGAAGGCCCUUGGCGCUGGAUCUCACUGUCCGGGUUGAAGGAUGGGGGUGGAGAUGCUCCUUUACUCCAAGAGUCUUAAAGUUUACAUUCAUCGAUGGCUAUUAGAAAGCAAUUUGUGCUUUGCUACCUUAAAGCAGACUUGGGAAUCUGAAUGCCUUUGAACAUUCUCUGGGUCAUGUAAUGUAGCUGAAAUAUGCAGCCUGAACAGGAAAAACCUGUCAUAAGGAAGAUGAUGUUGCUGCUUUUGCAAAGCCCCAACAGCCUAUGUACCUGGGUGAUUGCUGAAUUUGGGGGCUUCUGGCACAUAAAAUGAGCUUCUGUGGCCAAAAUUUGGGCUGCAGUCGUCGCACAAGCCUUCUAAUGGCUGACAGGGAAAUAAAAGACGCAUGCUUGAGAGGGGAGACACAUGGAUAUUGCUUCUUUCAUAACAGAUAGUGGGAUAUAGAAUCAUAGAGCUGGAAGGGACCCUAAGUCAAACCCCGUGCAAGGCAAGAAUUUGCAGCUGUCCCUUAUGGAGAUCGAACCUGCAACCUUGGUGUUAUCAGCACCACUCUAAUCAUCUGAGCUAUCCUGAGGCCUGUGCCUGUAUGCCUAGGUACAUACAGGUGUACCAUCCGAGAGAUGUUUAAGGGGGCGGGGGAGGGAGGGAGAGAAUGGAUGUCUAUAUGUGCCAGGGAAUAAAAACUUAAGAGGGAUCAGAGUCUGAUGGAAAAACCCAAUUGGUUUUGUGUGAACAGGUAUUGGAUCCAAAUAUGGACCUUCGAACCGUCAAACACUUCAUAUGGAAGAGUGGUGGCGACUUGACUCUCCACUACCGCCAGAAGUCGACGUGA